UGUCCCUCACAGUAGCAAACACUGGGUGCCUGCUGUGUGCUGGGGAUACAGAGAUGUAUAAGACACACCCCUGGUGGAGCUCAGAGGCCACUGGGGGCAGCUGGAUGUGUAAACAGACAAGCACAGUCUGGUGUGGAAUAAACUGAUCUGCAGGCUGCAGGAAGGAUGGCGUGUGAGAUUGUCCCUUCUAUCAGGGAGCACAGGACUCCUGCCUGAGCUGCUGCCUCUGGACUCUGACAGCUUCAGCCUCACCCUGAACAGCAUGGCUGGUCUUGGCAACCAGCAGAUGCAUGGAAAGACAGCUUCUCUGAAGAGCCCUGUGUCCUGCACAGAGAAACUAGCCAGGGUUCAGGCACCCCUGAACUCCAGUCUGCACUGGCCAGAAGGCUUGAAGAGUGAAGAGAUCAAGAAGUGUGGCCGAGAAGGGCCCCAGCUCGUGUGUUUGCAGACACUACUGAGUAAAUACAACCAGCAAUACCACAAGCUGUUUAAGGACAUCCCUUUGGAGGAGGUUGUUCUCAAAGUGUGUUCCUGUGCCCUCCAGAGAGACCUUCUUCUCCAGGGCCGGCUCUACAUCUCCCCCAACUGGCUCUGUUUCCAUGCUAGCCUCUUUGGCAAGGAUAUCAAGGUGGUCAUUCCUGUGGUGUCUGUGCAAAUGAUCAAAAAACACAAGAUGGCCCGGCUCCUUCCCAAUGGCCUGGCCAUCACCACCAAUACCAGCCAAAAGUAUGUCUUUGUGUCACUGCUUUCCCGGGACAGUGUCUAUGACAUGCUGAGGAGGGUCUGCACACACCUACAGCCUUCCAGCAAGAAGAGCCUGAGUGUAAGAGAAUUUCCAGAGGAACCUGAGUGCGAGUCUCUGGAAGUCCUCAUCCCUGAGAUGAAGUGGAGAAAGGUGUGCCCUGCCUCCAGGUCCCUGUCCCUUCCAGACAACAUCCCUUGUAUCCCUCGGGCAUCCAUGGACCCUACCGACAGCUUCUUUCCCUCCAGGAAGCCUCCAGGCUCUGAGAAUGCUGUCUGUGAGAAGGAGAAACUGGAGGAGUUGCCCAGGAGCGACGGGGAGCUGAGGCUCUGGGAUUGCCAGCUCCUCAAGGUCAUCUUCGUGCUGAUCUGCUUCUUGGUCAUGUCCUCAUCGUAUCUGGCAUUCCGCAUCUCCCGGCUGGAACAGCAAUUAUGCUCCCUGAAUUGGGAUGGCCCAAUCCCUGGGCACAGGUAACAGCCACCUGGCCUUUGUCCCCACUUCUCCAUGAAGAAUGCUGUGCGUGCUAAGGUUCCACCAGUGAUCGCCGUGGUUUAUGCUGCUGCUGCGCUGAGACUGAGUAUGAAGGAACAUAGUCCAGAUCCUUCCUCCUCCCCCUAACUCUUAUCUCUCCUGUUUACAAAGCUCCUACAAUUUGGGGACUCGGACAAAGAGCCAGAUUCUUGGAACAGCUGAGAAAUUCUGUAUACUAAGCUUCACCAAGCACUUCAGUGAAAAAAGAAAAUUAACUUGUUCCUUGGAAACAGCCUGGCACAGGUGCAGAACACUAGGAGCCACUGGAGGGACAAAGGCCAUGCUUUGGUUCCUGGAAUGUACCUCUCCAACUGUCACGCGGCUCACUGCCUCAGUGGGACAGAGGCUCUAACCCAAACCACCAGUGGGGCUCUGCUCUCUCCCAACAUACUGUGCUCUCACUUGCGCCCCUGAGAGUCUCUGCUCCGGGAGCCGGUCCCCUGUCAGGCCAAGGGCAGACUGAGGGAGAGGAAGGGGAGGGGGAAGCUAUGAACAAGGAGAGGAGGGCGUGUGGCUAGGAUUCCAGCUAGAGAGGAACGUUCGUGCCCUGUGCUGAGGCUCUAUCCUGGCCCCUCACAAAGAGGCUGGCUGAAUCUGGAGGACAGUACUUGCAGCAGAGGAUGGUGGCAGGGGCUGUGAAGGAGAGCAGAGGUCCAGCAUUCUGUGUCCUGAGCUGCCACUUCCUGGUGAGACAGGUGGAGCGGGGCCUUUGAUCACUGUGGUCACAGACCUGGUACUGUCUUCCCCUCGUGUGCUCAAACAGUUCUAAGGUCCCCCAGGUGGGAAGUAGGGGCUGGGGCUGGGGUGGGUGGGAAGGUUGGUGGCUUUGAUUUGAGAUUUUGCUUUGUACUCCCUGGCUGACUGCCUGAGAGGCCAUGACCCAUAGCAACCUGUCGGGAAGUAAGGCUGGGCAGCUAGGCAGUUGGGCACAAUGGUAUAGGGCCACUGCAGGGCAAAGCUCACUCAUGUCACCAGAAAUAAGUAUGUUGCGGGCCAUGGGGGGAGGCUUCUCCAUUCUAUGAAUAAGGUAGAGGUGUCCAAGGUGGGCCUGGUACAGUGCAGGGACCAGGCCAAGGGGUUCUGUCUGAUAUCUCUGGGGACAAGAGAAGUAGGGGAUGAGAAGAGUGGACACAGUGGUAGCUUUCUUUUAGAGAUUCCUCCACUUCUGCCAGGGCCACCUGUUUUCUAAACAGCUCGUCUAUGCCUCAGAACUCUGCCUGCUCUUCCUGGGACUCCCAUCUGCUAAGACAGUGCCUUUGGAGGUUCUAGAGGGGCCUCAGUGAAGAGGUCAGAGGUAUCAAGUCACUGGUGAUGGGGUGAGUGGUGUCAGAAAUAGCCACUGUUUUUCCUCCUUUGGACACCUGAAAGGUUAAUCAGGGAGAAAUCCAAGCAGAAAUUAUUUAUUGCAGAGCCAUGAUUGUCCUAUUAGGACAAACCCAAACAAGAAUUGGAGGGACUGACUGCAGGUGACAAGUCCCAAAGCUCAGACUAGCAGUCUCUUCAUCCUCACCCCAUUGCGGGUUCUAGGAUUAUGCUUAGAGCCUGGGGGGGUUGCUUGCACCUCAUCUGUAUGUAUCAGGUGGAACUCAUUCCAUUCUCCCCACAGCACCACAGUGGGGAAAACCCCAUCCUUUUUUGGAACCAGCCCCCUUCAUCACUCCUUUCCAUCACGUCUUCAGGGAAAUACUUGCCCCAGUGUCUCCCGGCCCUGGUCCUUGCCGAAGGGCAGGGAGAGUAGGUCCAUUCUCUAGAGCCUUGCCAGGUUGAGCCAGAGGCUCAUGAGGGGCCAGCAGAGGUGCCAAGUCAUGGGUAACGGUGCCAAAGUGCUGGUGAAUCUAGUCUCCACCUGUGCCGCAGGCUCAGAAAGGGCAAGAGGCAUGCUGUAGGGUGGGGUGGCUCUGGAGGCCCUCUUGGGUCCAGGGAUUUCAGUGGUAUGAGUGUGCCUGUCGCUCUGGGGGGCCCUCUGUUUCUCCCUUUGAUUCCCCAGCCUGGUCCUCUGGGGCCAAUGUCCCUUUUGGUUGUGCUCAUUUGUAAACUGUGUAUUUGUACAGACCUGCUUGCACUGGCUGAUACUCCUUUAAUUCCCUGAGAGAUUGGUUCAACUAUCCUUGGGUUGUUCCACCAUAGCAUUAGCCUUUGAAAAUAUUUUAAAAUACAAAAAUUUGAUUUUUCUAGUGUCCUGUGGUAUGGAAA